UCUUAAUACAAUGCUUUUAACACUGUUCUUUGCAGCCCUCCAGCUUUAUUUAAUAUUUUUCCCCAAAAUAUCACUCUACCCAAAUCUAGUUCAAGAGAAAUAAAAAACUAAUGCGCUAACAAUUUUUUCUUACCAAGUUGUUUUUUGUUACACACAUUCAGUAAUGACACUAACUGAAAAAAAAUAUAAAAUAGUCAAACAUCAGCAAAAGCUUUUUUGUAUUAUUUGCAACUCUUUUUCUGCACCUCUCUCUUCUGUGACUUUUGGUUUGCUGGCACGGGUUGUGGUGAAAAGUUGGUCUGACUUGCUUUUACAGGGAGCAGAACUGGGUCAUUCCCACUCUCCUCAGCAUGCUGUUCUCAUAUAGUCUACACUAUUAUAGGUGAUGCAAGAAAAUCUGAGUUGUCUUUGCUAUUAAAGCACCCCUUUUCUUUUUGUAGCUGUUGUCCUCUUGCUGACUUUCUUUACAGAUUGAUUGUAAGGCUUAAUAUUUUUCCUUGGGAGAAUGGGAGACAUCUUUUAUCCCCCACCCCCGCAAAGACAAAAAUAUAACAUUUUCAAGCCAGUGCAAAUUACUAGUGCCCCACGUGGGAUUAGUAAAGCAUUCACACAAGAGGGCAGAGCCUAAAUAAAAACAGCUGCCAUCUCUCUCUCUCUCUCUCUCUUUUUUUUAACACCUUAGCCGGGUGGGCCAAAAGUCACAGAGGUGGGUUAGUGCCUGAAGUCAGGCAUCUAAAAUGCACAAGCCAGGAAUGAUCUCGCAGAGGCUGGGCACCUGCAGCUCCCACUGGAGUCGUCGUCAGCAACAGCAGCAGAGAAAGGUGCUCAGCCUGCGAGGACAUCUGCAGUUGCACUCCCUGCACGCAUCCUCCCGCUCUCUGCCUGCAUGGGCUGGCCACUCUCCCCCUCGCGCUUCCUGCUGCCGCUGCCGCCGCCGCCGCCGUUCUAAAUCGAUCGCGGAGCAACAGAUAGGCGCCGGAAUCGAUGCCAUCGCCGUUCCUCCCCUUCCCUUGUCUUCCUCUCCCCCGGGCACCUGCACGCGCCUGCCCUAGCGCCAGGCCCCGCAGCAGCAGGGAACAGAGUCUCAGAAAGUUAAUAAGCUAUGGAACACGAGUUUACUCCGCUGGAAUGUCUCCUUCCCACUGGAAACCUGACGUUUUGCCUUUUGAUUCUUAAUCAGCCUUUGGACAAAGGUUACUUUCGUUCUCUGUGGAGCAAAGCUGUUCUAAGAGCUUGCGCUGAUGGAGGUGCUAAUCACCUGUAUCAUAUCACAGAAGGAAAUCAUGAGAGCUUCCUGCCUGAUUACAUCAGCGGUGACUUUGAUUCCAUUAGGUCUGAAGUCAAGGAAUACUACAAGGUCAAGAUUGAUAUGAUUGUGACCUUGGGUGGACUUGGAGGACGCUUUGACCAAAUCAUGGCAUCAGUGGAGACUCUCUUUCAUGCAACUAAUAUCACUCCCACUCCAGUUAUAGUUAUUCAAGAGUGCUCCCUCAUUUGCCUACUUCAACCUGGAAAGCACAAACUGUAUGUAAACACAGGACUUGAAAGUGAGUGGUGUGGCCUCAUUCCAGUUGGGAACCCUUGUGACAACGUUACUACGACAGGCCUAAAAUGGAACCUCACUAACCAUGUGCUAAAGUUUGGAACACUUGUCAGCACUUCAAAUACCUAUGACGACUCUGAAGUUGUGACCAUAGAAACAGAUAAACCGUUGCUGUGGACAAUGGGUAUCAAAAAUAAGCAAAAUGCUUAAGAUGAUAACUGCCUUUCUUUCAGCUGACCAAAGACUUUCAACUUAUUGGAAAAUUUCACUCAUUAACAGAAACAGAAUUACUGUGCCAGCAGUAAAAAAAAAAACAAAUAAAUUUUUGGAGGAGCAGAGGGAAAGGAAAGACAAUGGAGAUCAACUGGUCAAGCGAAAAAUCUUUAGGAGGAUAGUGACAAAACAGAAUAUCUCCUUUUAGUUCCAUGUGUAGGACACAUGCACUUUCUAAACCAGCAGCACGGAAGGGACUAACGGGCAUAGACUGACCUACUUUACUCCAUGCAGGAGUAUGUACAUAUUAGGUUUUAAUAUUACUGUUAAAUCAGUGGUUGAAGAAUCUGUUCCCAAGUCAAAUUUUAAAUGAUGUAUUAUGUAUGUUCUUGUUUUGUAUAAGAAAACCUUUUGCUGUUUAAUGUGACUAGAACAGGCUGAUCUUCUACCCUGCUGUUUAGUAACAUAACUCAAGUGAAGUAGACGUAAAAGCUAAUUGCAAAUUUUAAAGAAAAACAGCAAUACCGCUGCAGUGAAGUUUAGAAUAGAAGGCUGAGUAUUUCCUUUAAUGCUGCUCUCUGUGCUGCCAUUUUACUUCUACUUUCCAGCAUCAAGUACUAUUUACAAACUUCUAAUUAACAGAAGGUAAGCAGCAUUAAACUAAUAAAGUGAUAGUUAGUGUGCAAGCUUUUAUAGAUUAAGUUUAGAUUUGUCACAACUGUAUGAGCUUUGUAUACAGAAGUUCAUGCAAGUUCUUUAAACAACCGGAUAAAGUUGCAUAUUAAUUUGUAAAAUUUGAACAGACUGCUGUGAUAACCAAACUGCUAUAUUUUCUUGUAAAGAGUUUGUUAGCGUAAGGUGGCACAGAAUGCCCACAUCAUUGAAUAGAUGCUAAACACAAACAAAUUUAGUGCUAAUGUUGGUGUCAAGCUGCACCAUCUUGAAAAGCACUGUAGACACAUCAGUGGAAUCCAAAACUGUUUGGUAAGGAAGGACAAGGGCCCGCAGCUGAUAGUGUGAUCUGUAAGUAUGUAUUUCAGUUGUUGCCUCUUAAAGAGAUGGUGUUUAGAACAAGAUCUGGGAAAACUACCCGACUUUUUGUAAGUAAAACCAAAGGUUACUUCAACUCAAAGACUAGAGUGAAGUCUUUUCAGCUUGCUUUAUGCUUCUGACAACGCUUUAUAAAGGCACAUUCCUUUUUGUAAGGGUCUCCCUCCCCCAGUUACAAGACACAAUAUAGGAAAAUGGCAGUAGGUUAGUGUUUAAUAUGAAUGGAUUUAGAAUUUUGGUUUUAGUACCAUCUAAUGCUGGGCCAAAAUAUGUAAAGAAUUAUUCUACUGCUGAAAGCAAGAAAGAAAGAAAGGCAGUUCACUCACUUUACCUCAUCUCAUACAAUAAGCAGCACACAGUGACAAGUUAUUUAUUUACUGAACCAAGAGAGUUCAAAGAGUCAGUAAAACAAAAUGAGACUAACUCAGAUGUCAAGUUUGUUUUAAAUCUUAACCUGGUUUAUAGCAGUAAGUAAACAAGAUACAGAUUUAUGAAAUAUUAGUAAACAAACCCCCACCCCAUGCCCAUUGUCCAUCACUCCAAACUUCAGGUAAUAGAUCUUCUUGAUGAGUGUUCAACCAC